AUGAUCACCUCUCGCCCUGCCACGCUGGCUGAUAUCCCCCAGGUGCGUGAUAUCCACCACUGGUAUAUUGUGAACACCUGCUCCACAUUCACAACUACCCCACCACCGGUGUCCCACUAUGAAGACAUACUACGGGAUCUCAACAGACGCCAGCUGCCAUUCUACGUGGUGGUCUCCGACACCCGAAAGUCAGCAGAUGGGGCAGAUUUAAUCCUUGGCUAUGCAUACCUUUCCCCAUUCCGAGGCGAUUUGCUGUCCUAUGCGCCCACCGUCGAGCUGUCAAUCUUCAUGCGUAAUGACCAACGGAGCUGGGGCUAUGGAACCAUGUUGCUAAAGAAGCUUAUGGAAUUAGCUGGCUCAGGUAGCCUCCAGCAUCGCUGCGAGGAGCGGGUUGGUGAUCUCGCUCGUAUUGGGGCUAGUAGUAUUUUCGGCGUUAUGAAUACCUCGGCCGUUCAGAAUGUCAUUGCUGGCAUGGCAUUCAACCCUGAGAGUCCUGCUGAGGGAAUCAGGCUAAGGGAUUGGUUCGUCAGGCUGGGCUUUGUGCAAAAGGGGCGCUUGGAGAGCGUCGGGAGGAAAAUGGGUCACUGGUAUGUUGGCCUGGUACACUGUCAAUACGGUAGGACCAUAUUUGCUGACAGAAAUUUAAGGAUUGAUAUUGUAUAUCUCCAGUGGACUUUGCAGUGGCCACUUCCACAUAUACAAGAUGGUAAUUAG